UCCUCCUACGCAACCCCCACCUCCCAACCCUGUCCCCUAGCGCAUCAUCAUCACCACCGCCACCGAGCGCAACACGGAAGCGGCGUGAGAGGAGGAGGAGAGAGAGAUAUAGAGAGAGAAAGCACCAUGGCGUUGAUCCCAUCCCAGGUGCUUCGGGUCGCCAUCCUAUUGUCGUAUUUCUCCAUCUUGUGCAACUACAAGGCCAUCGACAUGCCGGCGCACCAGACGUACGGCGGGAGCUGGAAGUUCCUCACGUUUAUUGACUUGGUGAUCCAGGCGGUGUUCUUCGGCGUGUGCGUGCUGACCGACCUGUCGGGCAUGCUCACCAGAGGAGGUGACACCAGAGAGCAGGAGCAGCAGCUGAAGAAGUUGGUUGGCCUGAGAGACUGGAUGAUGGCCGUGCUGGCCUUCCCUGUCGGCGUGUGUGUUGUGACCAUGUUCUGGGCCCUCUACCUCUAUGACAGAGACCUGGUGUAUCCAAAGCUUCUGGACAGCUUUAUACCCCAGUGGCUCAACCACGGAAUGCACACCACGGUGCUCCCGUUCAUCAUCAUCGAGAUGCGGACCACCUACCACCACUACCCCAGCCGCUGCUGCGGCCUCGGCGCCGUCUUCUGCUUCACCGUGGGAUACGUGCUCUGGGUGUGCUGGGUGCACAGUGUGACGGGGGUGUGGGUGUACCCGCUGCUGGAGCGGCUGGGCUCCGUGUCCCGGCUCUUCUUCUUCUCCUGCCUGCCCCCCCUCCUCUCCCUCUUCUACGUCCUGGGGGAGACCCUGAACAGCUACAUCUGGGACCACGCAUACUCAAAUAAAAUCAAAGCUGAAUGAUCAUUGGCCGCAACGCCCCGUGGAAUCAACGGAUCAUCCGAUCAAACCAAGGAUAAGAACUGCAAGUCCCGCCCCUCCUGGGCCCCAGAACAGCACAAAAGCCAACCGACCCUGUCAAUAAUGAACACUAAGUGAAAAAAACCUGUCACCAAACCUUGCUGAAGGAAGACAAAGGGUUAAGGAUCAUCAUAACCAUCAUCGUUACCGUGGCAAACGCUGUGUUCACAGAGACAUCAGCAGGAGAAGAGCCUGGGUUUUCAUACGUACCCACACAAACAGACGCACACAUACACACACAAACACACACACAAUCAUAAACACAUGAUCCCAUACAGAGUAUUUAACGCCCUUCAGUAUCAAUAAGUAUUUACCCAUCUACAUACUGUCAGUUCUUUAUUAGCGUGCCGACAGUAGUAGUUCAUAGUAACAGGCAUCAGGGAGCAUCUUGUGUGAGGUCAUGUGAGGGACACUCGACACUCCAGAUGGUCCCAUGCAUCAUGUGGAGUCUGAUGAAGACCCAGCUAAAGCACAACAAUACAGACUACGGUUUACCACAAAGAUUGGAUGUAUUUUUAAUGCUGUUAUUGUAUUAUAAUUGUUACUAUUAAUGUUAUUAUUUUCCAUUAUAUAAUUAUUAUUAUUAUUCUUGACUACUAUUUGUAUUAAUUUCUAGUCUGGGGUUAAUCAAAUAAAUGUCUGUAUGACAUGUA